UUCGCCUCCGAGCCUCAAACUCUCCGCAGCUUCUCUCUGAGUGAAGCAUCUUCACACCGCCGCCGCCGCCGGGGAGUCCGGAUCAGUGAAGCGAACCCACCGGACCGGAGAGUCGCGCUCUGCCUCUCUGUCUCUGUCCGUCUCCCAACUUUGGAGACUUUUACGCGUCGGCCGGGCGCAUUUUGGAUUGUUCUCAUUUGGAGUCUCAAAAGUUUCUGCGCGAGAAAAAAAACUUCAGACUCCCCAAAAAACUUCCCUCGGACUGAGGAGGGAGAAUGAUCCUGCAGGGGGACCAGCGGCCGCUCCAGUGAACACAUGGAGUCCUGUACAGGCGGAGGAGGAGGAGGAGGAGGAAGGUGGAGGCUCCGUCAUGUUGUCCCAGUCGUGCUGCUGUGGAUGAGUCUGCACAGACACGCGCUGGGCUGCAGCUCCACACUCUGUAACCUGGUGCUGACGGAGGCCCAGGGGGAAUUCACGUCACCCUGCUACCCACAGAAAUACCCCAACUCACAGGCCUGCAGGUGGACCAUGCAGGCCCCCACCGGCUUCAUCAUCCAGCUCUCCUUCCUUGACUUUGACCUGGAGGAGGCGCCGGGCUGCAUCUACGACAGGGUGGUGGUGAACACAGGAAACACAGACGUUAAGUUCUGCGGUCCGACGGCCAGCGGGCUGACGCUGAACUCAACGGGGAACGUGAUGGAGCUGUCCUUUACCUCCGACUUCAGCGUACAGAGGAAGGGGUUCAGUGUUAGCUUCAGACACGUUGCCGUGGCUCUGAGGAACCAGAAGGUCACCAUAUCCAGAGGCAACGGCCAGGUCACCGAGGUCUCCAACUCUGUGUCCAUACCUUCGCUCAGUCAGCUGACACUGUGUUUUGAGGUGGAGCGCAGCAGCCAGAAACAGAAAGAGUGGAUCUUCACCUACUAUGACAGCAGCAACAACAUAGCUCUGAGUCUGGGCUCCGAUCAGUCUGGUAUGAAGAUGAUUGUUGACGGGGUGGAGUGUUUGAUAGACUCCAUCAUCUCCUCCUCUGACUUCACCUCCACAAUGAAGCAGUUCUGUGUCCUCUGGACUUCAUCAAAUGGCCGACUGGCAGUUUAUUUCAACAGGAACUACUGGGCCAAGACCUGCCCCUCCUCUGUGGGGCACUCAGUCCCUGCUGGUGGACGGUUCCGGUUAGGAGGGCAGCACAGCUUCAACGGGAACAUCUACAACCUCCGGCUGUGGGACUACGCCAUGACAGUGCAGCAGGUCACCGCGCUGAGCUGCGACACGGUGGGGAACGUCAUCGACUGGGACAACAGCCACUGGAGCAUCCCGUCCACCAUGGCCCAGACCGACACCACACUCAGCUGCAGUGUCUCCCCGCCCAGCAACACACCCCUCACUACCAGCUGUGACUCCCCGGGACUGGGCUGCCCAGCUGCUUCCUCUCCCGCCACCUCAUCCACUGACUCCACUAACACCAUCCAUACUACUAAUGCCAUCACCCACGUUCGCCCUCCCACCACUUCAUCUCCAUCCACCAUCCCUACUACUAGCAUGCCACUAACCCCAACCAUCAGAACCACCACUACCACCACCACCACCACCACCACCACCACCAGUACAGCCAGCUCCUCUUCCUCUGUUAUGCCCACCACUACCAUCAUCAUCACCACCAGCGCUGCUACCACUGCAUCUCAUGCAUCUCCUACAUCUUCUACAUCUCCUGCAUCUCCUGCAUCUCCUACAUCUCCUGCAUCUUCUGCAUCUCCUACCACUAAUGUUGCUGCUUCAGCCAGCAGUACAGCACAUGCCCCACAGACGCCAACCGCUUCACCUACUACCACUAACCACGCAGCUACUAACCCCACAACACAUGUUGUUCCGUCUCCACAAACAGUCACAGGAACUCCACCGCUGGUAGUAACUACUAACCAACCAACCACUAACAUAGCUGUCACUACUGCUUCCUCUCGGGAGGGGCUGUUCUACCGGGUCUCUUUUAUGGUGGAGGACGAGGACGCGGCGUUGACCCAGGCUGAGGUGGAGCGAGCUGUGUCUCUCUGGCUCAAUCAAACAUUUCUGAACUGGACCCACGCCGUAUACGUGGACUCUGUCAGUGUUCAGCCUGCUGUGCAGAGCGGAGGUAGCCCCACCAGUUACACAUGUCAGGCCCUGCUGGUUUAUUUUUACGUCACCAAUGAGAGUCUGGGUGAAGCUGCCGUGUCCGCCAGGCUGUCCAGCAGUGAGGGACUCAUGAGGACCGGCCUGCAGAUCCAGACCGCCUCCACUCAAGUUACAUUAGUUGAAAACUGUCCGGAGGAGAAUCCGCUCCAUUACCGCUGGCCUGAGAGCAGACCCACCAUCACUCAGUACCUGCCCUGCUUCCCCAACAAGGACCAGAGCACCUCCAGGACCUGUUUGAUCAACAGACAGAACUUCUCCUCUCAUUGGUCAGCGCCAGACGUCAGUAACUGCACGGACAUCGACACCAUCGAGGUGUCAGCAGAGAAUGCAGCGGAGGUGGCGGUGCAGCUCGCCGUCAUCACCGACAAUGAGCUGUCCAAUGAAGAGGUGUCUAAAGUGGUGACCAAAGUGAAGGAGCUGGUGAAUGUGGCGAAGAUCAACAGCACGUUGGCCUUCACUGUCGUCACCAUCAUCUCCAACGUCAUGACCAGCACUGAGACGGUGCUCGCCGCCACGUCUGAGACAGCUCUGAAGACCGUCGACGAGUUGGUUCAGAAGAUCGAGUUCGACGGUCCGUCCAUCAGCAUCACCUCCAAACACCUGGCUGUGGGAAUAUCCGCCCUCAACACCACCUUGUUCAACGGGACCUCAUUCAGCGCCUUCAUAGAUCCAAACUCCACCGACCCACAGGUGGAUUUUGAGGCAGAGAGCAUUAACCCUUUAGCUCAGGUCACCCUUCCUUCCUCUCUGCUGUCCAGCACCUCCCUGAGUGAUGCCGACCGAUCGUCUCUGUCCAGGAUCAACUUCAUGUUCUUCAGCAGCACCAGCCUCUUCCAGAAAGAGCAGGACGGACGCUCUCUGAACAGCUACGUGGUGGCAAGCAGCGUGGGGAACUUCUCCAUCAGUGACCUGAGGGAGCCGGUGGAGAUUGAGAUCGCUCACCUCUCUGAACAGCCCAACCGGAGCCCAGUCUGCAUGUUCUGGGAUUUCACCAUGAACAAUGGAGCUGGAGGCUGGAACGGAGACGGCUGCAGAGCAUCCAAAGAAUCCACCAGCAACAAAACCAUCUGUCUGUGUGACCACCUGACGCACUUUGGCAUCCUCAUGGACAUCUCUGGAGCCUCACCUCACAUUGACCCAAAGCACAGCAAGAUCCUGACCUUCAUCACCUACAUUGGCUGCGGCAUCUCCGCCAUCUUCUCUGCCGCCACGCUGCUCACCUACAUCGCCUUUGAAAAACUGCGACGUGACUACCCCUCCAAGAUCCUGAUGAACCUCAGCACGUCCCUGCUGCUCCUCAACAUGGUCUUCCUAUUGGACGGCUGGCUGGCCAGUCUGGAAACCGAAUGGCUGUGCCUGACCGUGGCCAUCUUCCUGCACUACUUCCUCCUGACCUCCUUCACCUGGAUGGGGUUGGAGUCCAUCCACAUGUACAUCGCUCUGGUCAAAGUCUUCAACACCUACAUCCGCCGAUACAUCCUCAAGUUCUGCAUCGUGGGAUGGGGUCUCCCUGCUGUGGUGGUGGGGAUCGUGGUUGCGGUGGAUAAAACCUCUUAUGGCCUGCAGGAGUACGGCAAAGGAGAUUCAGAAGAGGGAUCCUCAGAGUUCUGCUGGAUCCAGAACUUGGUGGUCUUCUACAUCACCUGCGUGGGUUACUUCUGUCUGGUGUUUCUGCUGAACGUGGCCAUGUUCGUCGUGGUGAUGAUGCAGAUCUGCGGCCGCAACGGCAAACGCAGCAACCGCACGCUGCGAGAGGAGGUUCUACGAAACCUGCGCAGCGUCGUCAGCCUCACCUUCCUGCUGGGGAUGACGUGGGGCUUCGCUCUGUUCGCAUGGGGGCCCGUUAACCUCGCCUUCAUGUACCUGUUCGCCAUCUUCAACUCACUGCAAGGUCUCUUCAUAUUUAUCUUCCACUGUGCCCUGAAAGAAAACGUCCAGAAACAGUGGAGGAGAUACCUCUGCUGCGGACGCUUCAGACUGUCUGACAACUCAGACUGGAGUAAGACGGCCACCAACAACACCAAGAAGGUGAGCUCAGACAACCUGGGCAAGUCUCUGUCCUCCAGCUCCUUCGGCUCCAGCACCGCUAACUGGACCUCCAAAGCUAAAGCUACACUCAACCCCUUCACCAAGAGACACAGCAACUCAGAUAAAUGUUACUCCAACCAGACCAGCCCCAAGUGCGUCUCCUCAUGCUCCUCCUCUUCAGAGGCGGAGCCCAACUCCUCUUCCUCCUCGUCCUCCAUCCUCCCCGUCAGCCAGAUGAUCGACAAGGUGAAAGGUUACUGCUCCACGCGCUCCGACAACUUCUACAAGAACAUCAUUAUGUCCGACAGCUUCGCCCACAGCACCCGGUUCUAGAGCUGUCCUCCAUUUUCCACCUUCUGGAACUGUCCCGUGUUUUGGAACUGCCCAAAUUGCUCUGGAAACUGUUGUGACAUCAUACUCCCAGCAGCCUUUAGGACAGAGGAGGCUUCUGCCAAAGGUUCCGAUAUAAAGCACGACACUGGAACCUACCUUGCUGUUCUGGAACAAUUAUUUAAGGCUUUGCUUUUGUUCUGGAACUGCCACCCAACACGCGAGAACCUUUUGUGUUCUUGAACUACUCCUAGUAUUCUAGAACUCUCUGACGGCCUCAGCAGUUAAGUCUAUCUGUGUUCUGGAUCUGCUCCAAUCAUUCUAGAACUCCUUUUCACCAUCAGCCAGAGAGACUAGAAUUCUAAGGGCCAUCAGUCAAGACCCUAAAAUAUUUUAGAACCCUCCAGGCUUCUGAAACUAUCAGAGCAACCUUCAAGAACUCUCUGACAGCCUCAGCAGUUUAAGAUCCUCUGUUCUUGGAAGUGCUUCAGUCAUUCUAGAACUUCUCUCCUACGUCAGCCAGAAAGACCGGAUUUUAGAAUUCCAAGGGCCGUUAAAGAGGAUUUCUAGAACACCUCAGACUUCUGAAACUCCCUGACAUACAUUCUAGAACUCUCUGGCAGCAGCAGCAGCAGUACAGGAUCCUUUGUAUUGUGGAACUGCUCCCAUCAUUCUAGAACUUUUCUCCAGCGUCAGCCAGAAAAAAGAAACAAAUGAUUUUACAAUUCUGAGGGGCCAUUGUAGAAGAAUUGGAAACCCUUCAGGGUUCAGAUACUCGCUGACCAACAUUCUAGAGCUCCCCGACAGCCUCAUGAGUUUAGAAUCCUCUGUUCUCUGAACUGCUCCAAUUAUUCUUGAGUUCUUCUUCAGCGUUAGCCACAACGAACGGAUUUUAGAAUUAUGAGGGCCGUGACAGAAGAAUUUGAGAUCCCUCCUGGCUUCUGAAACUCCCUGACCAACAUUCGACAGUUGUAAAUCAUGUUCUAGAACAUUUGGUUUUCACCCCACUGUCUUUCCCCUGUCAUUGAGGAUACAUCCAUCCUUCCUUGCCCCUGGAGCUUUGAAUCAGAAUCCCUGUUGUGGUUUUAAUCGUGAUGUGUUGGAUGUUAGUGUUACAUUAUGUACAUUGUUUUCAGGCAGGCGGCCCAGUUUUAACUGUAAUUUUAGACUGAUGAGCAAAAAUUCAAGAUAUGUUUCUGUAUCUCGUCUUUAGAAUUCGUGAUGAGCUGCUUAGUUUGUGUGGAAGAAUACUAAUUAGUAGGCCAAGGUGGUAUUUAUUUUUUGAUACCCUCCUGAAAUUUUACUGGGGAAUAAGGCUUUUUAGUGUGUGGUGUGCCCAACCCCCCAUCCCCUACUCAACCAGGGACUUGCUAUGUUCUGCAAGCUCACUUGGCUUUUGCGGUCUAAUGAGCAACCUCAAAAAGCUCUCAAAAUCUCAAUAAAGGUAACAUUCUUACACCUAUUUAUUUAUUAAGCAGAGAAUAACAAGCAUUCACCUCCGCAGUGCAAGCUUCUCUCUUUCACUCUUUUGCCCUGUUGACUCCUCAUAAAACACACUUCAUUCAAAAUUGACAGAAAAAAAAAAAACGCCACCAAAACCUUCUUGGUUGGUCUCGUUAGUCGUUCAGUUAGUUAGUCCACUGUUACAACAAUCACCAACUCUGGUUUGGUCGCAAAAAAAAAAACUGAAUUCACAGAGUUAGAUGUGAAAAUCUGCAGUCUCCACCAGCUGUUUGCAGUCCUCUGACAUUAUCCCCACCACUCGCAGCCAGUCACCAUAUUUGUCAGCUCAGCUGCCUGUUCCACCACACUGACCUCUGGCGGCAUGUGAUGAGCACUACAUGCAAAAUAUCCUCAGUGCAGCCUCUCAAGUAUGAGGGUAAUAGGAAGAUGAGUGUCUGUAUUUUUGAUGGUAUAAAUGUAUAAAUACCCUGGUAUACCGUAAUACCAUGAUACCGCCCAGGCCUACUGAAUAGUUAGCACACAGUUUUCCUCAGUACCAACUCACCAUAAACAGCUACAUGAUUUAAAUCAGAGCGCAAAUAUCUGCUAAUCAACAAAAAUCUGCCUGUUCCUGCAGAAUGUGUUAAAAACAGCCGGUGCCACAAACUGUUAAAAAGUUCAAGUUCAGAUCAUGACAGACAACGCCACAUAUUAUGGUUUGAAACCCUGGGGUGUCUGAGCGCUCCGGGGCGGUCAGAGAACAUUGCUGCGAUUCUACUGUAUCAUAUCAAAUUUCAGAAUCGGCUGACCUGGCUGCCAGACUGUGUAACUGAGAGGAAACUAAAGGGAGCGGGGGGGGGGAUAAGAGGGGAGGAAAAGCUCUGAUAGAAAAAAAAGUAGGCUGUUAAGUUUUGGUGUUUUUUAAUACUGUGAUGUUUGUUUGAAGUGUCCGUUUGUGCAUGUGUGUGUGGAGCCAUAUCCCAUGUAAAUAUUGAUGAUCUAUCUAUUCUAUGUGCCUUAUUCUAUAGUGUUAUAAUGUGUCCUGAUGGUUGCUUUUGUUCAUGCCUUCACGGGGUCCUGGAAGGGUCACCGAGACUGUACAUACAAACCCAAACAUUCUCCAACUCCCCACGCUGUGGAGGCACACCCUUUGCACCUCAAAGGAAAACUAGUCAUGGCGACAGAAAGGGCAGAACAGAUCAGAGAUUUUUCUGAGCAUAUUUACGUCCUGUUAUAAUGUUUAUUAUUGCAAAAUGAAGCCAAAAUGCCUAGAAAUAUUGACACACAUUUAGACUUUAUAUGGAAAUAUCUCUGAAAAUUUCUUGGAGCUUUAACAUGUCACUUCUACCAACAAAUGUUCCUGACCAACCAGUGCUGUUAGGUUUCAAAAAACCCACAAGGUUUAAUGGUGGUAAUUUUUACCGCCUUCACUCUCCUUAAAGAUUCACCACGUGGCAGAUUGAACAAUCAGACCCUGAGCUGAUGGUUGGUGGCUAGACAAUAAAUAAUAAGAACCGAGCUAAUUCCAGUUGGCCACUGACGCUUUGCUUCCUGUGCACGGCAGCCAAAGUUUAGUAACCCUACAGGCGGUCAUUUCUGGUCACAGCAUUACUGAUUGAGUGAGGCAUCUUGUUCAAAUAUGAUUUUUUUUAAUUCAGUAAUUUUAUUUUUCUGACAGCAAAAAGAAGCUGCAGCAUUAUGAAAAAUAUUCACUGCAGCUGCCAGGAUGAUAUUAUCACCUGAAUGGUCAGUUCAUCCAAAUUACAAAAAAACAAAACACUUCUCCAUGUGCCGUCUGGUCUCGCACAUAGUUUGGGUUUCAUUCAGCUGAGAACAUCUGCCAAUAUUCUGAUACAACAAAGGUGAAGAGAAUUUCACUUGUGGUGUUGAAGUUAUUAAAAAUGGCAUUUGGAAAAAGUCAACACUUAAUGUAUAGUUCCUGUUUGAAUCUGUUGACAGCGAGAGAGAGAAUCCCUACAAAUCAGAUUAUGGUUUUCAUGCUUUUAUUAUCUCUGCACCACAAGUUAAAUAAUGUUUAUAUCAGCUAUUCUGGCGUGGUGGCCAGUGUCUGAAGCAGUGGAGAGCAGAAAACCUCAGCAUGGCUAGAUGCCACAAGCAGUGAGAAAAUCAGUUUUUAUCUUUGGGGUUUGGUCGGACUGUGUUUAAUGAAACAGAGUUUGUGCAGUGUUGUCUGAAGCACAGCCUGGUCACCAUUAGAAAAUGUUGGUAUUCUAUGUUUCUGCAAAGCAUGAGUACAUUACAUUUGUAUGUUUCAUAUGCAUCAUACCAGUGUUUCUAAAGUGAUGUAGUAUAUGAGCUGACUUUGUCAUCAGGAGGUGGAGGGCGUGGUGGAUGGCGUGACGCCUGCCAAGCUGCAGGCUGCUCGGCUUUCAAGAGCAUUUUCGCCACGUCUUGUCUCGUCAACAGAAAUGAAACGGAUUGCGUUUUAGUUUUUAUUAUCAAGAUUUAUUUUGAACUUGUCAUUGUCUUGUUUUCGACAUGGAAAAAAAGGUCAUUGACAAAAAAUGUUUGUCUUAGUUUUCGUCAAAAAAAUAACACUGAUUUCCUGUCAGGAUUUUCCCCAAAAAACAGGUAUUUUGAGCCAAAUCGUGAUCUUUUCCUUACUGUAGCCAAAUAGUUUUGUUCCUAAAGCCUAACUGCACACUAAUUAAACGUCAUUUGAACAUAUGUUCUACAUAAUAACAUCCAAAUUUAAUGUAUCCGUGGUUUGCAAAAAUGUACAAUGCCAACAUUUUCCAAUGUGACACAAGAUUCAGUUAAGGUCAAAAUAUCAGUACAUUAAAAGUUAUUUCUCCGUUAUUCCACCACAUCAUAAUGCUACAGAAUUUACAUUUGGUCUGAUCUGCAGAAAGCUGUGAGCGUCAUCACUCUUCCUGUGACUUCAAACAAGCCUUAAAAAAUAAUUACGCCUAAUUUCCUGUUUGCAAAUGAAUACUUCUCCUUAAAUUUGAAACCUAAUAUGAAGGCAUGCCUCUGCAGAAAACAAUGAGAUUCCUGUAAAGACUUCUGCAUGUAGCUGUCUCUUACUCUAAGCUCUCCGAUUGUCUAGUCCCAACUUGAAUAGAAAGAGAUCUGUUCAGUUGUUAGCAGCAACUGUUUAGCCCAUGUAGAACAUUCAGUCAUCAGCAAACAAGUUUAGGAAAUGUUUGAGUCUCAUUACGGCUGCAGGUAUCUUUUAUUAACUGCAGCAGGAUGUUUUGUUCAGUCAUAUUUGUUUUGUUGCUACAUCACUGAAGCUGACUCGAUGUUCUGAUGAGGUCAUAUUCAGGAUCUGUUCACGUCAUUUGGAUGAAAAAGUUUGUAAAAAUCUCUUUUCUGUUUGAUGCACUGCCUCAUUAAAACUUCCACUUUAGCUUCAGUUUGGCAGACUGAAUAUUUUUCUAGCACUAAGGAGAACAGUUAUGGUAACACUUUAUUUUAUGGGUCUGUUUCUUCCUAAUUAUUUCUUGAAAGUGUCUUGGAAAGAACUUUUGGUACCAAUUACAGACAAACUGGAUUUAAAGUUCUGAGAAGUCAAAGUUUUUAUAUAUGUAAUUGUAUUGAGUUUAAGAGCAGAUGUUCUCUUCCAGAGGAACUUCUGUGAGAGAAAAGCUUAUUUUAUUUAAUUUAACAACUAAAUUUAACGGUUAAUCAGUUUAGUUCAGCGUAGAAUAGAAAUCAAUUGGUGGAGAGCGUUGUACCUGAAUACUCUCUCUAUUUGACCUGUAAUUGGUAAAAUGAGGAAUAAGUUCUCACACACCAGAAAGUCUUGUUGACGAGUGUGUAGGUUAAAAAAUAAUUUUUCACACACUGUCAAAGUCUUAUUUAAACUAUAAAAUGUGGUCUCACUACAUGAGAAUGUGAUCUCACAGAAAUACAUGAGAUGACUCUUCACACCACAUUAUGUGUUGAUGGUACCAAACGUGUUUAAUUACUGGUGGUUGGUGGUGGUUAUUGGUGGAGUUGUGGGUUUAGGCACAAAAACUGCUUGGUUGAGUUACGAUAUGUUCACACUGGGUGCAAAUAAAACAUUCAGGCAACUGAAUUACAUGUAAAGUCGUGUGUCGUGAUUAGACACCAAUUCCUGCCAGGCGUGUGAUGGACGCGAUGUGGAUGAAGUGAGUAGCGCGAAUUCACAUCACGCUCAUUUGUGAGAGUUGAAAAAUCUGAAUUUAAGCAACCAAAUCACGCUGCGAUAGCCAAUCGGCAUUGAGAUCCUCCGGGGACAUAUGACUCCGUGGACAUACCAGCCAAAGUUCAUUCAUCGAUUCAGCCAUUUUACGCACGUACAAAAUAAGUCAACACAAAAUAUUCUGAUGUUCAAACUUCAAAAUUUGCAUUGCGUUUAAUGUGAGCACAUUAGAAAAAGAUCUUGUUCUUAUGGCUCCACGCCAACAACAGCCGUGCCUGCAGGCAGUAUGUUUUUCCGGUUGUCCGUCCAUCCGUCUGACUCUCAUCAACAUGUUAUCUCAAGAACACUUUGAGGGAAUUUCUUAAAAUUUGGCACAAACGUCCACUGUGACAAAACAUAUUUUUGGCCAUAACUCAAGAAUGUAUAUGCUAAUUCUGACAAAGCUUGACACAAAUGUUUAACAGGAUAAAAUCAUGAAGGUCAAAGAUCAGCUUGACUGUGACAUCAUCAUGUUUUAACGUCAUAUCUCAGGAACAGAAGGAGAGACAUUUGGUCAGAUACUGAAUUGGUGACUCUAAUUUUGAAACUGUGCUGACUGUAUAGAUCUGUGUGUGAAGCGUCCAUGUGCAGCUUCUAUGAAGCAACAUCCAUAUUUGAAGCAUCGUCAGCUGUCACAUGAAUCUGGACAGACAUGGAUAUAAACUGUAAUUGCAACUUAACUAGUUUGUGGUUCGAGGUCUAAAACUGCAAGGUGGUAAUUCUACUUUGUUGAGAUAACUGCAUUUGUUAAGUAGGGGAUGUAAGCGUGUCACAACGAAGUCGACACUGACCUGUAGUUUCACACAGGACGUGAACAGCGGUCUCCUUUGUCAAAGUCCUGUGUUUGUUUUAUCCGUCCACCUCACCCUCCUCUGUAUGCAGACUGUCACUCUUUAUACUGCCCAUGAGGUUGUAACAUUACCCACCAGCCACUGCGCGAUGCUGCUGAAGCAGGAAAUUUGUUGUUCACCUCGACAAACAACCCUGAUUGACCUUCUGUUGGCACUGUUUCCAUGCAGCUGGCACCACCACCACCAAGUAAUGCGAUGUGAAGAGGUCAUGUCACAUAUUUCUGUGAGAUCAGGUUGGUGUUUUUUUUUUUUUUGUUUUGUUUGGUCUCCUUUAAUUCUUACCAAAGCACAACGUUCUUUCCACAGACCGUCCAAGGGCGUAAUUAGGCAUUCAUGGACCUAGAAAAUAAACUGCACCUGACCACUAAAUUAAAGCUUUGCUGACAUUAUUAUGGACAAUCAACAAAAAACAUUCAACAUGUGAGCAUUAGAUCAUGUUUGACUUGUGAUGUGGCAUCAGCAUUUAAAAACAAAACUCAGAUGAAUUUCACUUUGUCAGGAGCGUCUUUUUUUAAGUUCAAGAAAUGUACAUUCUGAUAAAUGAUAAAAACAGACACACCUUUCAGCACUUUAAGUCCCAUCUGUGUGAUUAUUGAUGGAGCUUUUGAGGCACUCCGUUCAACACUCUCUCCUCCAGUCUGACAUUGCUGUGGCCAUAAAUGAUAAUAAAUGAAUUAUUUGUAAUAAUUUAGACGAUGUUAUGAUGGAAAUUUGUCAUUUUUACACUUUUUUCUUUUCAUAUGUUUGUGAAUCAUUCCAGACGUUGAGAUGAUAAACACAUGAUUUUAAGCUAUGUAGUUGAAAAUAUUCCUGUUUAUUUUUUGUUUUGUGUUCAGAGGGACGAUGCAUUUAUUGUUUGUACAAAAACAAAACAAAAUACAUAAAUUUGUCUCCUGUUGUUUGAGUCAUCUGCAGCUGAACGUGUCUCCUUCACUCUCCCUCUUUUGUCUCAGCUCUUCAGCAGACCUGACAUGUUUAGCUUUACUUUAAUUUAUUUCCUGGAUGCACAGUUUCUCAGCCUCCGUCACGUUCAGUUUGAUCUCUGUUCGACCGGACAAUCAUCUGCACCGAGAGGUAAAAACACAGAGACCCGUCUGAAGCUUUCAGAGUUCAGACUCUGGAUCUUUGGACCUCGACUCAACUGUUGACGAACCAGACUUGUGUUGUCUGCACGGAGCCAACAUUGUUCAACACCAAAGCAUGAAUAUGUAGUGAAGCACGCAUUUAACUGACUGUCGAGCUCCUUGGCGAUCGUCUCUCUGCCCAGAGUGGUGGAAGAUGUCUGAAACAAACCUCCGGAGACUGUGAAGGAAGAGACGAGGCCCAUUUGGCAUCAGGCGCCAUCCUGGAUUCAGCCUGAGGGUGAAACAACAACCAGAAACAGAGCCAGAGACUGCUCUCAGAGAAGGAUCAUGAAAAUCUCACCGGACUCUUUUGGAUAAUUUGUUGUCAAACAUCAAAAAUGUUACCUUCCACUUUUAUUGUUGGCUCUUCUUAAAUUGUUUAUUUUAAUAAUUAGAGAUGUUUUUCAGAGAGAAGAUGUCACAAAACUGACAUGGCCUCCACACUGAUGUUAACCACAAGGGAACUGAACCCAUAUGUAACAAUCAGAAAAUGUUUGUUCAACCAAAUCUGAGCUCCUGUUUUCACAGUAAAUUCACAGUAAGGGUCAUCGUGUCAUUGAUUUACACUCCGUAAUAAAAGGUGGAGGUAAAGUCA